AUGGGGGUUGAGUAUGGCGAUACGGACAACGCGGCGACGUACAACCCCGAUGUUGAGGAGCUGAUACGUCGAGAACAAGAUCGUCGAGUGGUACAAGAAGGGACUGCUGUUUGGAGGCGACGUAAAGAACAACUUUUGCGCCAGAAACAUCAUGAACAGCUUCAACUCCGUCAUUUGCAGUCAACCUACUCUCCCUGGGGGAAGCCGGGAGGAGGUGCCCCCUACUCCGGUUCUCUAAAGAAGAAGAACGUGGUUCUCGAGCCGCUGUCGCCGCCCAGCUCCCAGGUGUCAUUGCAACCGUGGGGUCGCCCCGGGCCAGGUGGUCUUCCCUGGAGGGAUCCAAGGCUGCUGGGUGUCCGCUUUAUGGAGUCUAUGGGAUGGACAACAAAAUCAUUUCUUCAUCGACUUACCACCACCAAUCAGAGAGAACUAACCCCAUCAAUGGAAGAGUUUUUUGACGCCAAGUCUAGACCAGAUAUAACUGAUUCCUCGCGGAGGUUGGAUGGAGUCAGACCAUAUACAUCAAUUCAGAAUGAGUGCAAAAAUACUCCUUAUGAUUAUAAAUUGACUGGCGGAAUUGAGCUAGUACCAUUGCUCACAGCACGUAAAUGUCACUCAAAUCCUAUUAAAUAUAUCACCACAGACGCUACGCGUCCUGGAUAUAUCUUAGACAGCCACCGGUCAUUGAAUAUCGAGAAUCGUGACUACACAGCGGCGCUGUCAGAGCAGAUAUCCCGGAAACGAGAGCGUAUACUCGAGGAAAAACGCCUGGAACAAGAGAGCUGUCGCAGGCAUUUUGACACAUGGAGGAAGCUCUGGGGGCGACCGGGUCACGGCGCCCCGAUAGAUCACGCUUACAGAAACGAUCUCCAUGCAAUAUUAUAUCGUGCUGUUCCCAGAGUCUAUUGA